AUAUGAAAUAAGCUUCCAUUAAUAUCUUAAGAGAAUACACUCUUCACUUAUGUUCUCACUCAAGAAUGUUCUUUAUUUCCAAGCUGGGCUUGGAGUCCUGGCCAACAUGUUUCUUAUUUGUUUCUAUAUUUACAUAAUCCUAGGACCCAGACCUAAGCCCACAGACCUGAUCUCCUGUCAACUGACCUUGGUUCACAUAAUGAUGUUUCUCACUGGAGGGGAUAUUUGGCUUACAGACUUAUUUGAGACACUGAACAUUGAGAAUGACAUCAAGUGUAAGGCAACUUUUUACAUAAGCAGGGUGAUGAGAGGCCUCUCUAUCUCUACCACCUGCCUCCUCAGUGUGUUCCAAGCUGUCACAAUCAGUCCGAAUACUACUUUUUUGGCAAAAUUUAAACAAAAACUAAAAAAUUACAUGAUAUAUGCUUUCUUAUGUAUGUGGUCUUUCAAUUUGUCCUUCAGUAGUAACCGGAUCUUCUUUGUUGGUGCUUACACCAAUGUGAGUGAGACCAAACAGAUGAAGGCUACUAAAUACUGCUCACUCUUACCCAUGAACAAUAUCAUCAGAGGAGUUAUUUUAACAGUGACAACUUCCAGAGAUGUGUUUCUUGUAGGAGUCAUGCUAACCACAAGCACGUACAUGGUGAUUAUCUUGUCCAGACAUCAGAGGCAAUGCAAGCAUCUUCAUAGCAUCAGCCACAUGAGAGCCUCCCCUGAGAAAAGGGCCACCCAGACGAUCUUGCUGCUGGUAUUUUUCUUUGUGGUUAUGUACUGGGUGGACUUCAUCAUUUCAACGACCUCAUUCCUGUUAUGGAGGUAUGAUCCAGUCAUCCUGACUCUUCAGAAGUUUGUGAUGAAUGCCUAUCCCACAAUUACUCCUUUGGUACAAGUCAGUUUUGAUAACAGAAUAAUAAUUAUGCUAAAAAACCUGCAGUCAAAACACUACCAUCUAUAUUUUUAAAAAUAUGUUUUUGCUCUUCUUUCAAAACCUAUUAAUAUUUUCUUAUUUAUAUGUACAAGUGUUAUGCUAUAGUGCAUGCCUGUGUGCAUUCUC